AAAAGUUAACGGGAAAAGAUGGCGACCAGAGAGCAAGGAGCCGCCGAUUACCUGAAGAAACAUAAAAUUAUGGAGCUCAUGGAAAACCUGACCAGCAUGCUCUUCUAUUACAGACCUGAGAAUCCCAGAGAAUUUCUUAUUGAGAUGCUGAAGGUGCUGAAGAUUUCUCAACAGUCUGGUGUGAAAGGGCCAAAUCUGUUUGAUGACUCUAACUUGAAUGCAGUCUUAGGGAUACUGGACCCUGCAAAUCAAAAAUACAUCACGUUUGCCCAGUACAAGCAGGCUCUAACCAUACUGGGCAUAAAGGACAUUAAUGAAUGUCCUGAGGGCGUAAAUGAAGACAGAAUAUCCCAUGAGACAUUCAAAAUGGAAGCGAAACAAGGCCUGCAGAGAUACUCAGCAACAUAUGCACAAUAGUGACCCUGACGUUUUCUGCCCCUCAGCUCCUAUGUUAUGUUCUGUUUUGUUGUGUUAUGUUAUGUUAUGUUAUGUUAUGUUAUGUUAUGUGGAGUGUAAGGGAAUUUCUUCUUAAAGUUUCAAGAAAUAGCACCAAGUCAGUUAUUGUGUUCGCAUCCGAGCUUUGCAUUCUGUCCUUGAAGUAGGAUUUCCUAUUUGUUUCUGUAAUGUUGAAUUAUAUAUAAAAAAAGAGCAAAAAUCCAUCUUUCCAUUGCACUUGCACACAAGUUGUCACUGUAAAGUUGUAGGGGUUUAGUUUGAUGUAUGGACCUAAUCUGCCAAUAAAUGAAAGCCA